UUACUUACGCCGCAAAUUUAGAGAGCCAAGAGAUAUUUCUAUUCAAGAACUGCAUUCCAUGAUUGAGAAUAUGGAAGAUAAAUUAUUGGAAAUUUUCACUGGCAAGGCGCAGUGUAGCAGACAUGACCGCUAUAAUGCUGGCCCGAGAAAAAGAGCUGCAUUAAACAUGUGGGUUGGUUUUAAUGUAUUUACGGGAGAGCAAGAAGGUGGUAUUCUUGAGAAACUGCUCGACAUGUUUUGUAAGAAAAGAAAAAGCUCAUACUUCGAUUACGUGAUGAAAGUUUUGUUUCCAGAAACAAUGGCCUUGCUGUGUAGCGCGAUCAUGGAAAUACCACACAAGGAUGCGGACGAUUUGCUUUUACAUGGACAAGAAGAAAAAAGUAGUAGUAGCAGUGACACCGGCAGCGUUUUAGAUUGCGAAAAUAAGGACGCAUGUAAAAAAGAUUUGGAAACUGAAAUGAUUCAAAAAGAUAGUAAACGUCUACGUCGAAAAAAUAAGGAAAAGAAAAAAUGUCAAAUUAAAGAUUGCGCACGGGAAGUAUUUGAUAUGCCUCGUCACAUGCGUCAAGUUCAUGAUUGGACGAUGGAGAGAUCAAAAUCUGUCAAUCUUCUUUGGAAUUCUCGUAAAACGUAUGCUUGGAAACAGGCGCCUCCUAAACGUGCAAAGGUUACAAGCUCUACAAAAGAGAAAAAAAAACCAGUUUCUGAUUAUCGAAAAAGGUGUAGAUGCCCGAUACCAGAUUGUUUUGCUGUUGUAAAACGGGUUGACCAGCACCUUAAGAACGUGCAUAAAAUAGAUCGCACGGGCGAAGAAUACACGGAACUUCUUAAAAAUGCUACUGUGUUCAGAGAUGUGAAAGAUUCAUUGCGAGACAGAACGCAGGAGUCAAAAUAUUUGAGAAGGCAAGCUAUUCGUGAAAAUCUUGCUGCUGCUAACAACAUUCCAGAUUUCCGUGAAACAGUGGACCUAGAAGUACCUGUUUAUGUUGCAAAUUCGAAAACCGAAAGUCGUGUUUACAACCUGAGUGAAAGAGAAGCUCAAGAUUGUGGAACAGUCUCCACAGCGAUAGUUUUAAAAAACUUUGAAAAUUUUUUAACGUCAGUUGAUGGAGGUAGAUUGGACGCCAGUACUGCAUCUAGUGCAGUUUCAAACAUUCGAAAUGUCAUGAAAGCUAUGACAACGGAUGACUUGACAGACCUGUUGGACCGGAACAUCAUUAGAAAUGAAUUUCUUGCCAAUUACUGCGAAAAACAAUCGUAUGCACCACUGACAGUGAAGAAGUAUUUGUCCUCGUUAAUGCACUUUUAUGAUUUCCUUAUCAAUGACGAAAUCUCCCUUAAGAAUUACACAGCCGACGACAUUAUCCGGAUGAAGGUUCGAAUUUCAAAUUGGUCAAAAUCUUACAAUCCGGCGGCCAAAGAGCAUGAGGCGCUUAGAUGUGAAGAAGAAAUGAAAGUGCUUCUGACUCCGGAACAAAUAAAAACAUACGAAUCGUCGGAAAAUGCUCGCAAUGCCAUUAAAUUAUUUGGUGAAUAUGGAUCCGCAACAUGUCCACAGUUGAGUCAGACAGAUUAUUGCUGCAUGCGUGAGUAUCUGCUCAUGCAGAUAUGUUUACAGAACACACAAAGAUCUGGCGUUUGUUCUAAUUUGACUCUGCAAGAGUUUAACAAUGACUGCUGGGAAGGAGACAUGUUCCGGAUUCGUGUAAAGAAACAUAAAACAGCUCGCCUUUAUGGAACAGCUAAAUUUUAUCUUCAGCGCCAUAUUUACGAUUACAUGAAGAUUUUCGUGGAUAGCGUAAGAAGUCAAGUUAUUGGACAAAGUCCGUACCUUUUUGUAUCAUUUAAUGGUGGCCAAAUGGACUCUGGACACAUUAGUCGGCAAAUUAAUGCUUCUUGGCAAAAAGCUGGAGUUUACGGCGGCGACAAGCCUGCUCGGAACUUGACAUGCACAAUAUUUAGAAAAUCAGCUUCAACAGCGGUCCUAGAGCAUCACCCUCAGGGGUCGAAAGACGUGGCUGAUUUGCUCCUGCAUUCAGAGAAAACACAAAAAAAAUAUUACGAUGUUCGUCGGAGAGAGUUAAGCACAGCAAGAGGGGCGAAAUGUGUCGGAAAUUUAUUAAGAUACAAAGCUGUUGAUCCGGAAUCGAGUCCUGUUCGUGAAAAAACUUGUGUUGAAGCAAUUGACAGUCCAAGACGGAAAUGGUCCGCUGAUGAAAUUAAAGAAGUUGAACAAGUUUUUAACGCGGAAAUUAAGAAAGGGUUUGUGUCUCUGAACCUAGUCGUGGAAAAAGAAAGUUAUUUUAAUUUGUUGUGUGGAAUUCCGAAUCGGAAAAUAUAUGAUAAAGUUCGAUCAUUGUGCAAAAAUAUAACUCUUGAUCCCAAUCUAACUUUGGGAGAGAUACCAAAAGAAACCUUUGCGGAAAAAAUAAAGAGAUAUGAUGAUACUGCGGGUUGUGAUUUGCAUAUGGUCGAUGAGGUUCCUGAUGAUAAAGAUGAUAAUGAUGAUGACGAUGAUUUUAUUCCGCCCUCUUCUAACGCUACUACGAACAACGAAAAGCUGUUUUCAAAAGACAAUGCGACGGUAUUAAAAGGGUGUUGCAAAAACAUAAUUGCUGUUGGUCCAAUCAAUCGCGUACGUAUAAAAGAAACCCUGGAGAAAAGCGAAGAUGGCCGGAAACUACUUGAUACUUUUAAUAUGGACUCCAUUUUUAAUCGUGUCAAGUAUGAAAGAAGAUUAUUGAGAAGCCGAAAAUAAUUUUGGUUUUUAUAUUUAAUUUGUGUGAUUGUAGCUGAUGUUUUUUUGGCCACCGAACUUGUGUCCUACUAAGCAUAAAUGUUAAUUAAGGCAUUGACUUUAUAUAGCUUAAGCGCUUGAACAUUUUCCUCCCUUAAAUUUUACGAAUGUUA